ACAUCGCUGAUGGCGCAGAAUGGCGUGACUUGGCGCCUCAUCCGCGAGCUGCUCGAGUUUGGCUUCUCCUCCGAGCUGGAGAGUCUCGAUGAGAAGGAAAAGGCCAUCGUCAAGUUCAACAGGAUCCAUGGGCUAGGCAAGAUCAAGGCUGCGGGAUACGUUGAGAACGGAGCUAGGACGUAUGAGGAUCUGCUCAACUCCACGGACAAGGAGUUCGGACGGAAGGUGUACGAUGCGCAGAAGCUUGCUCUCACCUACCACGAGGAUAUGGAGGAGAUGAUGCCUCGCGCUGAGAUCGAGAUGUUCCGAGCCAACAUUACCAAGGCACUGAAGAGGGCGGAUCCAGAGUACGGGUUCGAGAUCAUGGGGAGCUACAGGAGGGGCGAGAUGUUGAGUUCGGAUAUGGAUGUGGUGGUCUGGCACCCAUCCUACGUCGAGCGCGAUACCGAGAAGGUCAAGGCUGGUAUCCGACCAGACAGUCUUAUGGGCAAAGUGAAGAGGGCGUUGCUGAGAGCGGGGAUUCUGGACGAAGUGAAGAUCUUCUCUGGCGGCGAGAAGAAGAUCCUAGCCCUGACCCAGCUCACUCCCACCUCGACUCACCGCCAGAUGGACAUCCGCCUCUGUCCCACCCAGUCACUGCCCUACAUGCUCCUCGGCAACUCGGGUGACGACCUCCUGAUGAAGAUCGUCCGGUCCAAGGCGAACAGUAAGGGUUGGCUGCUCAAUGAGUAUGGUAUGGGCGAAAGGACCACCCCUAUCGGCGGCACAGUCCGUAAGUGUUCCUUCAGCCUAUCUACCGCCGGGGACGAAGCUGACUCGGUAGCGAUGAUCAAGGAGGGCACAGAGAUCUUGGUCAAGGACGAGAAGGAGAUCUUUGAAAAGCUUGGUCUUCCUUACUUGCCCGUACGUGUAGACUGGUCACCGUCGAGGGAACGACUGACGAUAUAG